AUGAAAGAGGUUGACCAGGAAACAGGUGAGGACCUGAAACCACGUGAACCCACACCACCGCCUAAUGUCUCUGCUGCAUCUCAUAAUCCAGAAGCGCCUUGGGCGAAUUCUGCACUUCGCGCUACAGAAGACACACCUGUUAUGCAGACAAAAACCACGGCAAAAAGUCGCGUACGUUUGACAACUCCUGAACGCUGGGAAUUAAGGCAGAUGCAAGGAGGAGGUGCUAUCACAAAUGCUGAUUUGCCGGAUUUCGAUGAAGAACUUGGCCUUCUCAAAAAUUUUGAUGAAGAAAGUGAUGGUGAAGAUAUAGAAAUUGAAAUCGUCGAAGAGGAGCCUGAGUUUCUACGUGGUUACGGAAAGUGUAUGAUGGAUUUAGAACCAGUUAAAGUUGUAAAGAACCCAGAUGGAAGCUUGGCACAAGCAGCUCUGAUGCAGGCCAAACUGGAGCUCUGGUUUGAAAGUCAGCGAUGA